AUGCGACUGUCGACGAUUUUCGAGUUGUUGCUGAUCCUUUUGUUGGUGGCUUUCGCGGCGUACGGCCGAGUAAUCGAUCGCAAUGAGGUGGCGCAUCGUCGCGUGGUGCGCACCGUGGAUAAUUCGAAGCAGAGUGACAUGAGCCUGUCGACGAUGUCCCUGAAACAGGCGACCGACAGCGUGAAUCGAUAUUGCACCUGCAACGAGAACAUUUGCAACUGCUGCCGGGACUUUCACAUACCGGUCGUGCAGUUGAAAGGACCGGGCUGCGCCUCGCUGCAGUAUCUUCAGGGUGACAAUUUGGCCAUGCAGUUGAGCUUCGGCGACAACAUAUUAACGAGCACGAUGGUUAACGGAAAGAGUCCGAGGCCUGUAUGCGUGCCGUUGCCGGGCGGUUUCACUAAAUUUUGCGGUAGGAUCUACUCCAUCCAACGUGACGCAAAGAAUCACUUCAAAGCUUGCCUCGGCCUAGAACUACAGUCGGCUACUGAACUGGAAGCUAGUCUUCGCGUCAGUUGCUUCAGAUUUGGCCCGGACGGUCUGAAGCUUCGGCCAGCCGAACCUCUUCCCGUUGUUGAGGCGGAAUCCACCUCAGAGGAGGAGGACGACGACGAUUUCUUCGGGCUCGGUGCGGACGACGAUGACGACGACGACGACGACGAUGAAGACGACGAGGACGAUAGACCUUCCUUGAAUUCGGUUCCGAACGCCUCGGGGGUCGAUGACGCCCAAGAGGUGGACGAGGAGGACGAUGACGAUGAUCUGUUAGGCCUCGGCGCUCUCUUAGAUAUCUUUACCGGUGACGACGAUACCACGACGAAGAGACCUAAGGUUACCACCGUGGCGCCAUUGUUGCAGUUCACCAUACCGAUUCUAACGAGGCCGACCACUCCCAUACCAUUGGAGGAUUACGAGCUGACCACUAGCGGCAAUAACGUGCUGGCGGAACCGAGCAACAACGGAGAACACGAAGAAAACGGUACUCAGGACGACACCAAGCUCGAAGAGGAAGAAGGGGAGACGGAAACUCUCGAUAACGAAGAUACCAACAAUGAGAACCAAGAGGAGGAAGUCACGGAAGCCUCUAACCAAAUCGUGUUCUACGCGAAACCCGAUAAAGUCGGGCAACUCCCGCAAACGAACAAAGUGAAGAAGGGCGUCGUCGGAAACAAAAAGAAACCUACAGUAACAUCGACGAGCAUCAACGCGAUCGAUGAGCCCGAGAAGCCGGCGAAGAAACCUAUCAAAGAUGAAGACGAUGAAGACGACGACGACGACGACGAUGAUGACGAGGAUGAUAUCUUGGACGACGAUGACGACGACGAUGAGGUUCUCGACGACGAGUAUGACAAGGAUGAUGAAGACGAAGAGGACGAGGAUAAGCACGAGGACGAUGAGAAGCACGAGGAGUUCGACGACGAGGAUGAGAAGGCGGAGGAUCUCUCCGAUCUGGAUGACGACGACGAUGACGAAGAGGAAGAAGCGAUGCUGACUGCUAUUAUGGGUAGCGGAAAAAACUCUAAGAACAAAGGCGACACGACGAACGGGUCCAACGAGUAUGACUACAGUCUCGGAUUCUUGGCCAGGAAGAGGCAUCCCGGAGGAAAUCGUCAGAGCAAGAUCACGAGGCUUUAAGAAGUGUACAGACCUAUGCCCCAGUCAGUAGGAUAAGUGGAAGUCGAGGAAAUCGGGAAUA